ACGAUCGCCUUGCUUAAAUUAGUCUGCGCGUCCUGCUAGGCCAAACCAGUGCUGGGGCGGCUGCGCAGCGGCGCCACGGAACCAUCAUGUUGACAAGUCAUGUACGCAAUAUGAAUCACUACUGGUCUAUCAAGAAUGUGACCUUAAGUUUCAUAGUACUAUUUUGUUUUGUACAAAGCUGUGGAUGUUUUUCAGAAAUAAAAAUAGGUGCUCUGUUUCAUGGGCAGGAAAGUCAACAAGAACAAACCUUCCAGUUAGCUGUUGAACACAUUAACAGCAAGCAACAUGUUUAUGAGCUGAAACCUUAUGUACAAUAUGUAGAAGAACAUGAUGUUCUUCAAGUAGAUGCAGCAGUUUGUGAGCUGCUGUCAAAUGGUGUGUGGGCUAUAUUUGGACCUAAUUCAAGUUCAGCAUCUGAGCAAGUUCAAUCAAUCUGUGAUACUAUUGAAAUACCUCAUAUUGAGAUGAGAUGGAAUACCAAACAGCGAAGACAAGAUGUUGCUCUUAACUUAUAUCCACAUCCAAAGGCACUGUCAAAAGUGUACGCAGAUUUAGUUAAGGCAUGGAAAUGGAAGAGCUUCACUAUCCUAUUCGAAAGUGAUGAAGGGCUCAUCAGACUCAGUUAUGUACUGAAGAUGUAUGGCCCAAAGGACUUCACAGUGACAGUUCGUCAUCUAAAUGAUUCUUCCAAUUACAGGCAUGUCUUGCGUAGAGUGAAAAGAUCAGGAGAAAUAAAUUUCAUCUUAGACUGUUCAAUUGAAACUUUACCUGAAAUUAUGAAACAAGCUCAGCAGGUUGGUCUUAUGACAGAUGAAUACAACUUCAUCAUAACAACAAUGGAUGUGCAUACCAUUGACUUGGAGCCUUAUCAACAUGGAGGGACAAACAUAACUGGCUUUCAGCUUGUCGAUACCACAAGUGAUCAUGUACAAAACAUAAUAAAUUCAUGGAAGAAUUUUGAAAUAGAAGAUCUUGACAGGCCUGAUAUUGAACCAGAACAGAUUGAAGUUGAGUCUGCUCUCAUGUAUGAUGCUGUGCAUCUGUUUGAUGCAACAGUAAGAGAUAUGAGAGACCUCCAUAUCGAGGAUUCACCUUCUGGUUGUGAUAACGUAUGGGGACAUGGUCAUUCAUUUAUCAACCUGAUGAGAGAUAGAUAUAAGACACUUCGAGGACUAACAGGACCUGUACAUUUUGAUUAUGAAGGUUUUCGAACAGAUUUUAUGCUGCAUAUAGUGGAGUUGACAGUUGAUGGACUGCAGAAGAUUGGCACAUGGAAUUCAACCACUGGACUUACUUUAAUACGAGAAGAAGUAUCAACUGAAGUGAGACAAGAGGAAAGCCUACAAAACAGGACACUCAUAGUGUUAACAGCAAUUAGCAAGCCUUAUGGCAUGCGAGUGGACACCAGUCUGACAUUAAAAGGAAAUGAUAUGUAUGAAGGUUUUGGCAUUGAUCUUAUACAUGAAAUAUCCCUUAUGCUUGGGUUUAAUUACACAUUUGUCCUACAACUUGACAGUAAAUAUGGGACAUUAAACAAGGAAACAAAGAAAUGGGAUGGCAUGGUCAGAGAACUUCUGGAUGGUAAUGCAGAUUUGGCUAUCACAGACUUGACAAUUACAGCUGAACGGGAGAGUGCUGUGGAUUUUACUAUGCCGUUCAUGAAUUUAGGUAUUGCUAUCCUGUACAAGAAACCAAUGAAGGCUGCACCAAAGCUAUUUUCAUUUAUGGAUCCUUUCUCCAAGGAUGUUUGGAUUGUAAUGUUUGCAGCUUACAUAGGAGUAUCUCUUAUGCUCUUUGUAAUGGGCAGGAUCAGUCCAUAUGAAUGGACAAACCCAUACCCCUGCAUUGAAGAACCAGAAACACUGGAGAACCAAUUUACACUGAGUAACAGUUUAUGGUUCACAAUUGGAAGUCUGAUGCAACAAGGCACAGAAAUAGCACCAAUUGCUGUGUCAACGAGAAUGGUUGCUGGUAUAUGGUGGUUUUUCACUCUUAUCAUGGUUUCAUCAUACACAGCAAAUCUGGCAGCCUUCCUUACAGUUGAAAGCAUGUAUCAACCAAUAAAAAAUGUCAAAGAUUUAGCAGACCAGAACACAAUCAAAUAUGGAGCAAAGAGAGGUGGCUCUACACUAAAUUUCUUCAGAGAUUCUGAAGAUGAAAUAUAUCGACGAAUGUACAACACAAUGAUUAAUACACCAGGUGUGUUGACAAAAGACAAUGAUGAGGGUGUGGAAAAAGUAAAAAAUUCAAACUAUGCAUUCUUUAUGGAGUCAACUUCAAUUGAAUAUGUUAUUGAACGUAACUGUGAUCUGACCCAAGUUGGAGAUAAACUUGAUAACAAAGGCUAUGGUAUAGCAAUGAGAAAAAAUAUGACAUAUCGCAAUUCGCUUAGCACUGCAGUGUUAAAACUGCAAGAAACAGGACGCCUACAAGCUUUAAAAAACAAAUGGUGGAAAGAAGAAAGGGGUGGUGGCCAGUGUGUGGACGCAGAAGAAAAUGCUGAUGUAUCCGGUCUGAAACUUGAAAAUGUUGGCGGUGUUUUUGUAGUGCUUAUGGUUGGUGUUGUGUUUGCCAUAUUUGUUACCUUCUUUGAACUUCUAUGGGAUGUAGGGCACAAAUCUCUGAAAGAAAAAAUACCUUUCAAAAUGCUGUUAAUGGAGGAGCUACGGUUUGUUGCUAAGUUACACGGAACAACAAAACCUGUCAGGAAGUACAAUCAGGAUGCAGAAGGGGAAGAUACAAAUAAUUUCAUUCCUUUGAGUCCAUACACAAAUUCAUAUGACUUUGUUGACUCAAAGGAACCUCUGACAUGAUAUUCAACUUAAUUACUUUGUCAAAGUCAUUAACAGUAAUUAAUAAAGUUCUGUAUAAGUAA